AUGGCGGAUAGAUUGACUCAACUGCAGAUAUGCCUGGACCAGAUGAUGGAACAGUUCUGCGCUACUCUUAAUUAUAUUGACAAGAAUCAUGACUUUGAACCUGCGCGCGGUGAAGAAAAGAUGACAGACCUUCAAGCCAACAUAGCAUCCAAGGAAGAGUUUGAAAAUACAAUGGACGAGCUCUCAACUGACCUGAUACUGAAGACUAGACAAAUUACAAAGCUUAUAGAUUCCUUGCCCGGUGUUGAUGUUUCAGCUGAAGAGCAAAUGCAUAGGAUUGAGAGUCUGCAGAACCAAUUGGUCAAGAUGGAAGACCGAAAGAUUGAGGCCAUCAAAGAAAAGGAGGAACUGCAGCGAAAGGUUGAGGAAAUGAUCUUUGAUUUCACAGUAGGCAUCGCCAAUGCGCGAAAGCCAGCUCCAAGGAGCGACCAUGAAGAAGGACCCUAA